ACGGGCGAGGCCACCAUGGCCAAGCAGUACGAUACGGUGGAAUGCCCCUUCUGCGACGAGGUGACCAAGUACGAGAAGCUGGCCAAGAUCGGUCAGGGCACCUUCGGUGAAGUCUUCAAGGCCAAACACCGACAGACCGGCAAGAAGGUAGCCCUGAAGAAAGUGCUGAUGGAAAAUGAAAAGGAGGGGUUUCCCAUCACUGCCUUAAGGGAAAUCAAGAUCCUCCAGCUUCUCAAACAUGAGAAUGUGGUCAACCUAAUUGAGAUCUGUAGGACCAAAGCCUCUCCCUAUAACCGAUGCAAAGGUAGCAUCUACCUGGUGUUUGAUUUCUGUGAACAUGACCUUGCUGGCCUGCUGAGCAAUGCCCAUGUCAAGUUCACUCUGUCGGAAAUUAAGAAGGUGAUGCAAAUGUUGCUCAAUGGCCUCUACUAUAUCCAUCGGAACAAGAUAUUGCAUCGGGACAUGAAGGCUGCCAAUGUGCUCAUCACCCGAGAUGGGGUCCUGAAGUUGGCUGACUUUGGUUUGGCUCGAGCUUUUAGUCUGGCCAAGAAUAGCCAGCCAAACCGAUACACUAACAGAGUGGUGACCCUCUGGUACCGGCCCCCUGAGCUGCUCCUUGGAGAGCGUGACUAUGGCCCUCCAAUAGAUCUUUGGGGUGGAGGCUGCAUCAUGGCAGAAAUGUGGACCCGGAGCCCUAUCAUGCAGGGUAACACGGAGCAGCACCAGCUGACCCUCAUCAGUCAGCUCUGUGGCUCCAUUACCCCAGAGGUGUGGCCCAAUGUGGAUAAAUACGAGCUGUAUGAAAAAUUGGACCUGCCUAAAGGACAGAAGCGGAAGGUAAAAGAGCGGCUUAAAGCCUAUGUCAAGGACCCUUAUGCGCUGGACCUGAUUGACAAACUACUGGUGCUGGACCCUACCCAGCGUAUCGACAGUGACGAUGCCCUCAACCACGACUUCUUCUGGUCAGACCCCAUGCCCUCAGACCUCAAGAAUAUGCUCUCCACUCACAGCACUUCCAUGUUUGAGUACCUGGCUCCACCCCGACGGAGAGGCGGUGGGCACAUGCCCCAACAGCCAGCCAAUCAGAGCCGCAACCCAGCAGCCACUAAUCAGACAGAGUUUGACCGAGUAUUCUAAGGUCACACGAGAUUGUUCCUUUUUUUGUUGGGUUUUGGGGUUUUUUUUUUUUUUUUUACAUAUAUAUAUAUAUAUAUAGACAUGUGACUAUUAUGUUGCUGAGAUUAUGGGGCAUUUUUAAUUGUUUCCCAUUGCACAUAUAUAUAUUUUUUUAAACUUUUGCUCUAGGUACUGGGGGGAAUGGCAAGCUAGUUAGUAAGGAUGGAGCUAGGACUGAUGGAAAGACAUUGCAGCAUCUGGCUAUGCCAUCCCCAGGACCCAAAUUUCUCUGGACAGUACUCAGCACUGUCUUUUCCUCUAGAAGAAGGACCUCCUUUUUGAGGAAAGCAGUCACAGAGUUUCCCCAGGCUGUCCUCUGUUCUUAGUCAUCCUGGAAAUCCUUAGGCUCCUCUUCUUUAUAAUAGCCAGGGGAUAAGAUUAUCUUGCAUGGCCUUGGGGCCCCAUUAUUAGAAAAAUCACUGGCAGCUUCUCCCAGUCCUGCCUGUGACAGGAGACUGUGACUUGUUGACUGAAGGGAAGAUUAGAGCACCAGCCCUCUUUGAAUUCCAUGGUCCUCCUAGCACCCUUCACUAUGUAUUCUGGGAGAUACUAGGAAUCCAAAGAGAUCAGUUGGGUCUGGUCCCUCCUUGGUCCCACUUGUAUCAUAGAGGGCAGAAGAGCAAUUUUGGUUUUCUUUUUAGAAGAAUUUUAUCAUGUUACCUCCGUUUGAUUUUUGCUUGGCAACAUUGGUUAUUAUUAAAAGUUGACUUUUCCUA